AUGCUCCCCCGAUGGAAUCAACUAUGGGCGUUGCUCUGCCUCUUCUUGGCCAUCCAGCUCGUCAGCACCGAGAGCUUCAGGAUAGCCUACAGACGAGAUGAUAAAGCCUCUAGCCAGUUGACCGCCGUCUCCGAGUCCGCCACGAAAGAGAGCAAGGCCACUGGAACUGCAGAUUCUUCUGGCAAGGCCACCGAUGCCGCCGAGUCCACUGGCAAGGACGGCAAGUCCAAGUCCAAGUCCGUCACGGCAACGACAACCACAACCACCAAGGCAAAGGCAACCAAGGACGCCCAACCUACCGCUACCUCAACCAUAAUCAGCGGCGAUGGGGCCCUGGAUAAUUCCACUUUCGUUAAUGUCACCAUUGCCAACGGACAACUCCCCCUUCAACCUGAAAUAACCCCGGGAUGGGGUGUUGCAGGUGUCAUCAUGCUUCUCUCUGGCGUGACCUAUACUCUCAUUGGCAUAAAAAACAGAUGGAUCCAUACAUUCUUCUCGACGGCAUACGUUGGAGCCCUGGGUGUUGCAGUACUGAUUGUGUACGUCAUGAACGUUCCCGUCAAUAAUGGUCUCCAGGGCGGCUACGUCGUCGCCGUGGUCAUGUCGGGCUGCGCACUUGGUGCUGCCUCUGUAUUCUUCAGGGAGCUUCUUGAAGGACUCGGCUGUGCCUUGGGCGGCUUUUGUGUAAGCAUGUGGCUCAUGUGCUUGGUGCCUGGCGGACUGCUCAAGACAGUCGCACCCAAGGCCAUCUUUAUUUCUUGUUUUACCCUUGCGGGGUUCGCUUUCUAUUGCACUCGAUACACUCGAGACUGGGCUCUCAUUGUCAUGAUAUCAUUUACUGGUGCGACCGUCACAGUUUUGGGUAUCGAUUGCUUCAGCCGAGCUGGACUAAAGGAAUUCUGGGCCUGGGUCUGGGAUCUCAACGAUAACCUGUUUCCUCUCGGAGCUGACACUUAUCCUGUCACGAAGGGGAUCCGGGUAGAGACGGCCGCCAUCAUCAUCAUCUUCCUUAUCGGAGUUGUCUCACAGAUUAAGCUGUGGAAGAUCGUGCGCGAGCAACGGGAGAAGAGAGCCGAGGAAGCUGCCCAAGACCAGCGCAACCUACAAGAAGAGGAAGAGAAUGUUGGUCGAAACAUUGAAGAGGCUAAUGCUCGUGAGCGACGCCAAUGGGAACGGACCUAUGGGAAUGGCGAAGGAAGCUCAACCGUGUCUCGAAGCUCCGAGGCUGGAGACGAGGUCGGCGAGAAGAAGUUGAGAAGCAGCCAUACUGGUUCAUCGCAACGUCAAUCCUCGGUUGAGAACAUCGAAAUGACUGAUAUGGCUGAGCCUCCGCAACCACCACGACCCGCUGCCGCUAACUUGAUGGCUACCGAGCAUGACAUGGACGGCAGAGUGACAGUGCGAGUCGCCCAAGACGACUUUCCAAGAUCUCCAUCUGUUCAGGAAAUGAAUGAGAAGGUCGCAGAUGAUCAAUCCUCCACUUUCGUUGGCCUCGAAGAUGAUCGGCGCGUGUCACGGGCGACCCACGUUUCCCAAUCCCUCGCCCCCGAGGUAGUUCCCUUGCCUUUCGUCGUGCCGGCCACCGAUGACGCCCGCUCCGAGGCAGAUCGAUCAUCUGUUGCCACCUUUGCAGAUGAUGACGAGGGUCAACUACAUACCCCUGGCGCUCGGCAUUCUCUCGCUCAGCGGCUUUCGCGUCUAUCCCAUGGAUCUGCAGAGUUGCUCAGGAGUCUAUCGCAACGAUCGGGUCACCCUCAUGGCGACUUCUCUCAGGACCAAUACCGAAGCACCGACGACUUGGUCAUUCCCAUCUCGAAACCCCAUGAUGAUGAUGGGUCCAUGGCCGCAACAGUUGACGACGAGAGCGUAAGCGUUGGCGAUAGGGAUUCCCUGGCUUCGCCUGAAGCAUCGAAGAACAUCGAGAUCACUGCCCAACUAUCUGAACGCGGAGUGCUGAGCCCUUCUCUUAACGAACAGGCGAAGCUCAAUGACGUUGAUGCCAAAAGCAAUACCAACCGAAGUCGAGCAGACCCAUCUGAGGAGCCUGUGUCUGAGGCUCAGACUAAGGCAAAGUCGGUCGCUUCAGCUACCUCGACUCGUGUUAGCUUGACCAAGGAUCGCCUGCCAAGGUCGCUUUCUCGAGUUGCCCUGUCAUAUCGUACUAACGAAUGGGCAAAGCAUCUGAGCACUGCAGAUGCCCCCGACCUCGAGGAGAUUCACAUUAGCGAGCCUAGCGCUCAGGAAUCGCCCGCACCUGUUUACGUUCAGGAGCUGCAAAAGUCAGCGGGUGAAGGAACCCUAGCACCCGCUGUCACUCGCUCUGACUCGCAACUCUCCAACAUGCCUCACUCUGGCUCUAAGCGUGGUUCGAAACAAAACGUACCCGCUGCUCUGGCUAUCCUCACUGGAGACGGCCCAAACCGCAGCCCUGGUACUACGCCUACCAGCGCUGGCAUGCCUCGGCUAUCCUCGUCAGGUCUGCGCAGGUCAUCUGGAGGAGGAUUUGAACCGAUCGCCGAGGAGCGCGAUGCCUUUGUCCGGGCCACCCCCCCUAUCCCCGAAGAGGCUGAAGGCCUCCGAAAUCAAUCGACCACCCCUUCCAUUCAUUUGUCGGAUGCACACCGUUCUGCUACACCGGGGCUCGUGUCGUAUUCGAGCCCCCAGACACUCAUUGGCCAACGCGAGAUGGUCCUACGAAACAAAUCCCAGGGCAACCUGGUUGCUAGCACAUCAGAUCUGAACCUUUACCGAGGCUCGAGUGACGCGGGCUCGCUGCACAACUACGCUAUGUAUGCUUCCGGUGUUGGCGCAGAUGCAGAUGAUCUUCCUCUGAGCCAGCGAAAGCAGCUCAUGCGCCAGAACAGCUUGAACCCGACCUCAUCCACUCCUUCUCUCGCACGUCUGAGCGGUGGCUACGACCCUAGCAGCGCCGACAUCCCCUUCGAUUCCCAUCAGCCACAACGCGUGUCUACUGUUCCGACAGCCGCCGCUCGUGAGGCCGCGCUCUCCCACUUCAGACAGACCGUUGCUCAUGACCUACGCUCGGGUACUCCUGUGAUUAAUACCCCGGGACGCGAGACCCCCUUUGCGCCCAUGUCGCUACUUGGUAGCAGGGAGACCGAGGUGCAACGCAACAUUGAGAUGGGGCGCAACAUCCUUAUGGGCCAGAAAGAGGCCGAGGCUCAGCGACGGGAGAAGGAGCAACGUCAGAAGGAAUGGAACGAUCGAGUCUUUGACGAACGCAUGAGGACUGGUGAUCUUCUCGAAGUCCACAGGGAGGCUAUGCGAAAGAUGCAGAAGCACGCCAAGAACUAA